UGUCGGAGCCAUAGGACUCCGAGACAUGUUGGGUGAUUUGUACGUUGGACUCAGGCCGGCAAAUGGUGGGUCCAAAUUCACGGGAAAGCUGGCCGGAACAACGCUGAUGAGAUGUGCAGUCAGUGGUAAGGCCCAGAUCGAGGAACUUAGGAAGCUGAUCAUAAGUAGAGCCAAACCUGCUACAUGUGACACGCAAAUGAAGACCAAGGUAGCUAGUGGAGUGACAUAUACAUUUGCCGGGAUGCAGUAUUACUGCAAGGAUGACGGGAAGUAUGCUGAAGUCAAGAAGGUUGGCAAUUGUGCUAUCCCUUUCAAAUACAAGGGCGUGUGGUACAGUGGAUGCAUCGAUUCAAAACCAUGGUGUUCAAAGGACCACGUGUACACCAAAAACUGGGAAUAUUGUUGAACCCGAACAUAUCGACUAAAUUUUCGCAUGGUCUUAGAACCAUUGUACUCCAAUAUGCUACACAAAACUACUAAAAACGCUAAAUCUUUCGAUAAUAGUGGAACUUUCUCUUGAUUUUCCGAUGUAAAGAGAAUUGCAUUUCAUUUUACAUCAAUCUUGAUUCUGUGGUUGUAAACAAAGGCGCAUAGUCUUGUCAGGUUCUAAAGAAAUAUUUCAAAGGAUUACUGGUCAGAACACUUUGUAUCCAACUACCAAAGUAAUACUGGUGGAAAAUGUAAUACCAUUGUCUCAUUAAAGACACGCUUUGAGAAUGAAAAAUAUUAAGACAUUAUUGCGAAUAGACGCGACCGACUUUCGCUUACCCGUUUUAGAAUCAGCAGUCAUAGGUGAAAAAUUGAGACGAGGAGGUUUGUUCAACCUAUCAUUCCUCGAGAAAACAGAUUCUGUCAUUUUUGUUCUGCUUCUAAAAAUAUAAACUGUGUUGAAGAUGAAAUCCAUGUUCUUUUAGACUGUCCAAAUUUUCGAAAGGAUAGGGAACUUUUUAUCGAAAAAUCCAUCCCACAGUACCCUUCCGUCAACCUCCUAUCAAAAAAAUUCAUUUACCUAAUGACUGCUGAGGGUGAUUUACUUCAUAAAGUUUCAAAGUUUUGUGCAAAUAAUUUAUAAGACAAGUGACUUUAUUUAGUUACUGGUAUUUUGAUACACUUUGUUCAUCUUUUAAACUGCUGUAUCAAGUGUGUAUGCACCGUCUCCUCACACGCUGACAGAAGGGGUACAUUCCUAUAGACAGAUCCCCUUUGGUUUUUCUCCUCCUCUUAUCAAUAGCUUCGAUAGCUUUCCGCACUCACUUUAUUCUGCUCUCCUCACCGAUGUAAGUUUGCUUAUAAGGUGUUAAUAAACUAAUUGGUAAUUGUAAUUCUAAUAAAUUGUAAUCAUUCUUUUUCUUCACGAUAUUAAACUAUUGCAGCAUUAAAACACAAAA